AUGUCAUCACAGCCGCUUGAAGCCGUCUUGGAGUUCCCUAUUGAGGAUGCCAGCGAAGAAACCUUCCAUUGCUUCAGCCAAAAGAUCCCGAGCAACAAUCUAGGCUUCCUUGAUUCCAAAACUGACGUUUUGGAGAUCGAGGUUGCUGGGUGCGACUACACAAUCAUACAGUCUACUGGCCUCCUUAACUCUCGCAGAGAGGAGGGCACCACAGGAGCUGUCUUGUGGAAGAUUACUCCUCUUGUCGCUGCUUGGCUGGCUUCUGCCCCUCCGUUACUAGCUGAAGUUCUGCACCAAAAUGCGAUAGUUGUUGAACUCGGUUGCGGUGUCGCCGGGCUGAUCGGUUUGGUCCUUGCACGAUUUGUGCAAUGCUAUAUCCUCACAGACCUCGAUUAUAUUCUGAAGCACGUGAAGGAGAACAUUAUCGCUAAUGCGGCCGCUUUGGAAAACAACAAGAAGGCUACGAAGAGGAGAAGCGGUCAGAAAGGGACGGCGGCAGAUCAUGUUCUCAGGAUGUUGCCCCUAGAUUGGGAGUGUGACUAUGCUCAAAACCUGGAGACAGUUCUACCUGCCGGAUCGCCAAUCGACCUUAUACUGCUCUGUGACUGCGUUUACAAUGAGUAUCUGGUCGGUGCGCUGGUGCAAACUUGCGCCGAUGCUUGCCGACUGGGAUCUUCGCGGAUCAAACCCACAGUUGUCCUGAUUGCUCAGCAGCUCCGGGUGGACACAGUGUUCGAGCUGUUCUUGGACUCGUUGAUGAAGGAAUUCAAUGUAUGGCGGGUGCCGGACGCGCACAUCUCAGCUGAGUUGCGUCCAGGGUCGGGCUAUGCUGUGCAUCUGGCCAUGCUGAAGUGUGCGGACGGGAAUUGA